CCGUGCAUCACGCACAAUUUUUUACUUUAUUGAAGGGAAAAUUGGCAAGUUUCAAUUACAGUAUUUCCAGAACUCCUCAGCUGAAUUUUACCAUGGAAAUUUACUGGCAACAAUCUGGAAAUUUACUGAAGAUUACAGCAUGCACACACAUUAUGACAUGAACACUGCAUACUGAAUUUCAUGCAAAUGUACUCGAACAGACAAGUAUGUCCAUUUUUUUUUUUUUUUUUUGCAGUGACAUUGUUGUGCUGGUGGUGGUUCAUCGGUGCCACAGGGGCACGUUGAGCCGGCUGCUCCCCCGCUGAGUGGCGUCGUUGGGCGGCCGGCAGCUCUCAGCUCGUCUCGCUGUGGAUUGUGGGAGUCGACGGAGCAAGCGACGGAGCAUUCCUCGUCACUCACCGGGAGACAUUUGACGCCCUUGUCUCGGCCUUUUAUUUCACGAGGCCCCCAGGAGUGGCACCGCACCCGUUGCCAAGCAUGUCGAGUCGAGGAGGCAAGAAGAAGCUGACCAAGACGUCGCGCUCCACCAAGGCGGGCGUCAUCUUCCCGGUGGGCCGCAUGCUGCGCUACAUCAAGCGCGGCCUGCCCAAGUACCGCAUCGGCGUGGGCGCGCCCGUCUACCUGGCGGCCGUGCUCGAGUACCUGACUGCCGAAAUCCUGGAGCUGGCGGGAAAUGCGGCCCGAGACAACAAGAAGGGACGCGUCACACCGCGACACAUCCUGCUCGCCAUCGCCAACGACGAGGAACUCAACCAGCUACUAAAGGGCGUGACCAUCGCGGCGGGCGGCGUCCUGCCCAACAUCCACCCCGAGCUCUUGGCCAAGAAGCGCGGCGCCAAAGGCAAGCUGGAGACGCCCCUCUCGCCCGCCCCAGAGAAGAAAGCCAAGCCGGCCAAGAAGACACCGAGCAAGAAGAUGAGCGGCAAGAAGGGCGCGGGCAAGGCCAAGAAACAGGGCGAGGCGAGCAAGACGGCGUCGGCGGACAGCACCACCGAGGGCUCGCCGGCAGACAGCUUCACCGUGCUCUCCACCAAGAGCCUCUUCCUGGGUCAAAAACUCAACCUCAUCCACAGCGAGGUCAGCAACUUGGCUGGCUUUGACGUGGAGGGGGUCAUCAACCCCACCAACGCCGAACUCGAGCUAAAAGACGAUCUAGGUUCUGCCCUAGAAAAGAAGGGCGGCAAGGAGUUAGCUGAAGCGGUGCUGGAAAUGAAGAAAAAGAACGGGCCCCUCGUUGUGGCGGGAGCGGUGUUGACCGCCGGCUUCGGCCUGCCCGCCAAAUACGUCAUUCACUGCAACAGUCCGGUAUGGGGGUCGGACAAGUGCGAGGAGAUGCUGGAAAAGACUGUGAAGAACUGCCUGGCUCUGGCCGACGAGAAGAAGCUCAAGUCGGUGGCCUUCCCAUCCAUCGGCAGCGGAAGGAACGGCUUUCCGAAGCAGACGGCGGCCCAGGUGAUCCUGAAGGCAAUCUCCAGCUACUUCGUGGCCACCAUGUCGUCCACCAUUAAGACGGUUUACUUCGUGCUGUUCGACAGUGAGAGCAUCGGCAUCUACGUGCAGGAAAUGGCCAAACUGGAGGCCAGUUAAAGCUUUGCUAAUCAUUUUUUGUUUCAAUCUUUCUAAACGGCCGGGAACUUGUUUUUGCAUUACAUUUGUAUUCUUUCCUAUGUGGGUUUUAAUUUCCUAAAAAAUUGUUUUCCAAACAAAGUUGUGCACUGAGUUGACCUUUUAAUGCAAACAGUGUCGAAUAAAUAAAAGAGGGUUUAAUUUUCUGUAAAGAAAAAAGAAACGGGUAUAUGCAUGUCAACAGCAGUAUUGAUAGUUUAAAAACAUCUUUUCACCUUAGUUUUCAUUUCUGUAGCGCUCUCUCUGUUGCCUUUUUUUCUGUCAAAAAAACUUUUACGUUAGCUUUUUGUGUGUGUGUGUGUUGUGUCGUGUUUGUUCCCUUCGUGCCCUGCAGAGAAUUUUGUUUUUAUUUUUUAAUUGAAAAUGUUUGUUUUUAAGUUUCACCCCCCCCAAAAAAAGGGUAAAAUUAAUAAUCACGUUUAUGGCCAUUAAAAGAGAAAAAAAAUAGUUUUUGUUGUUUUUUUUGGGGGGGCGGGGCACUGCUGGUUUUUAAAGAUGUUUCUAUGGAUGUUUCUAGAUGGAGUACUUGUGGAAAAGUUCUAGUUGAAAGUAACAGUUGAUUAUGUUGUAUGUUUAAUUUGCACAUGUUCAAAAGGCACUGUUUGAUUUGGAAACCAACACUGGCGCACGUUGUUCUUUAUGUAUGCGUGUGUGUGCGUGUUUUGUCCUCAUUUAAACGUAUAUAAAAAAAAAAAACUAAAAAAAACUUUUAAGGUGGAG